CAAUGGAGGGAAGUAACACCCAGAUAUGUACAUAUGGUUCUACACACACCUCCAGCCAGGUAUAAAACAAGCAGUAGGGAGGGUGAUCAUUACAUGCAUGUUAAGGCACAGUUAACAGGGUACUACAAACUAUCAACCAAUCAGAGUGAAAAUGCCAAAAUACAAGGUGACUGUGCACACACACAACAUCGCAACUGCCACCACGAUGAACAACAUCUUCAUCAAGCUGAUUGGUGAAAAAGGAGAGAGUAAGCGCACGUGGCUCACUAGCAUGAAGGGAGUCUUCUAUCAAGACACAGCGUCUCGUGAAUUCGACGUGGUGUGUCCCUCCUCCCUCGGCACGCUGGUGCUGAUAGAGCUGGACAAACAGCCCCUCCCACUCUUCCCCCAGGACGCCUGGUUCCCAUCCAAGGUUGUCGUGACGACGCCAGAGGGAGACACAUGCCAGUUCCCCAUCUACCGUUGGAUUAUGGACAAGGAAGUGCACCUGUUCAGAGAGGGCACAGCUAAAAGGUUCUGUGAUGAAACUAAUCAUCUUGCCAGGUACAGCAGGGAACUAGAGAUGAAGACGAGAACUGAGCUGUACCGCUGGGAUACCUACAAGGAGGGUCUCCCCGGCAGCAUGAAGGCAGACAACCCUCUGGAUCUUCCCAGCGAGAUCCAAUUCUCAUUCACCAAGGCCACCCAGUUCCUCUUCACCGCCGCCACCGGGAUCACUGAGCUGAAACUGAAGGGGUAUUCUGACAGCAAGAAGAGCUGGAAAAACAUUGAUGAAAUCAGCAAAGUCUUCUGCUGCAAUAGAACUGUCAUCUCAGACUACGCACAGGAGCACUGGAAGGAAGACAAGUUUUUCGGGUACCAGUAUCUGAACGGCUGCAACCCCAUGUUGAUCCGUCGCUGCUCGGAGUUGCCGGCAAAUUUCCCCGUCACAGCAGACAUGGUCAAGCCCUCUCUUCGUGGAUCGUCCAGCCUCCUAAGGGAAUUGCAGGUACUGUACAGUAUGUCAAAAUGGGACUCUUUGUUAAACGUUGUCUAAAUUAUUGCAGUACCA